GUGGGUGAAAUUGAUUCACUGUUAAGAUGCCCAAACCUACCCAGAAAAAAAAAAUGCUAGAAAGAACAUUGAACACUGAAGUCCUCUAGUGGGAAGUGAUUCAAUUUUAUAAGCUUUAGGUUUGUGGUCUGUACACUUGUUUUGUGGGUGUCAGUGUAAUUCAGAAGAGAUGAAUUAGGAAUUAGAGGUUUGGGAACUUUCUUUUGUCCAUUUUGGACAGGGACAGCGGCUCUUUCUCCUGGCUCUUCUUGAUUUCGUUCUGUCAUUUUCUCCUAUCUCAAUCAAGGUCAUCUUUUUAAUUCAGGAUCCUUUCUUCCUCUAUGUAUUACCAUCUUCUCUGUUCUCCGGUUUUCCUUUUCUUUAUUUCCUUUUGCUGGCGGUGUAUUCUGUUUCUUCAUCCUUAACUCUCUUGUUUUCUUCAUUUCCUUCUCUGGUUUUAAAUUAAUUUGAGUGAUUUUAGAGAUUCCACGUCUGGGCUUUUAAAUUCAAGACAGAUUUGGGGGUUAAAUUGAGAUUUUGUGAGUUGAGUAGUUCUCAUUUUGAAGCAGACCAACUCUGUUUCAUUUCUCUAAUUUUCUCUGUAUUUCCUGGUCUGGGUCUUGUUCUAUUGGAGGGAUCUUUCUUUCGAAUUUUUUUUUUUCUCUUUUUUGUUGUUAUUUUAUGUAUGGGAUCUGGGGUUUUCGAGGGUGGUUAGUAAUGUCUUAUAGAUAUCCAGACCCACCUACUUGUUGUUCUUCAGCUUCAGCUGAACUGAAACUAUACCAAGCUUUCAUCUUUUCGAUACCAAUUAUCUUCACUUUUGUUCUUUUGUUCCUAUUUUACUUGUUCUAUCUUCGACGAAGAACCGGGGAUUCGUCAUCUCUGCGGAUGGGGACAUCUAAUGGCAACAUAGAACCCUUGUCCAUACCAUCUCAAUUUGGUUUGAAGAAGGAGCUUAGAGAGAUGCUACCUAUAAUUGUAUUCAAAGAGAGCUUUUCUGUCAAGGACACACAAUGCUCAGUAUGCCUGGGUGAUUACCAAGCUGAGGAUAAGCUUCAACAAAUACCUGCAUGCGGCCACAUUUUUCACAUGGAUUGCAUUGGCCACUGGCUUGCCACCCACACUACCUGUCCUCUUUGCCGCAUCUCCCUGUUGCCUUCUCCUAAAACUACAACCAACCCUUCUGAUGAUCUCGUAGAACUCCUGGCCCAUGAAGCGCAAUCUGAUCAAGAAUUCACAAGGAUUGGGAAUGCAGAUGAAACAUAUAUUCAAGUUCAAACAAUGGCCGAGAGAGUUAAUGUAGGCGAAGAGAGGGGCAGUAAUGGUAUUAGUAAUGAGGAAGAGUUCCCUGAUGCAAGGAGAGAAGUUGAAAGGUGUAGAUGUGGUGGUGAAGUUUCAGCUGUUGUGCUUAAUGUUGAAACACAUGAUUCUAUUGAGCAAGAGCUUGGGUCAGAGCAUCCUUAAAGAGUAGUUUAGUGUUGUAAUAGUAUGUUUUCAAUGUAAAGAAGCUCUUUUGUUAUGUAUAAAUGUGUUCAUAAAUGCACUAAUCAAAGUGUCCAUCCAGAAGAAAA